UUUGUCCUCACCCAGCCACUGUAGAUAGUCCCAGCUGUUUUUUUUCCAACCUAGGUUUAUUUUUAGGGCAAAUGAAUAUGAUAGUCUGCCCAAAAUUCAACGCAGUGGUAAUGUCAAGUAAAGAUAGCCUACACGUUGUAAACUAUUGUACGCAAUGGCAUUGCUGUGCAGCCUUUAUCGCAAAGGGAGUGAGCUAUGAAAGCGCCGCGAUUUAGCCUAGUAAUUUACCAGUAGGCUACUAAACCGCGACAAUAUUGUAUCUCGUAGUGACCUUUUAGUUUAGGGCGAUGUUAUACAGAUUCGGCGUCAUUCUCACUCCGGAGUGCCCGGAUGUAGAGGUGUUUGUGUUAGGGUCCCGUCCGGAGAUGGGUCAUUGGGACCCAAACAAUGCAGUUCUGAUGAAACGGACGCAGGUGGUUUUGUCCAUGCGCGAACCUUGCCUCUGGAUCGCCGACGUGCAUCUGACAGAACCGUGCCAAGAGAGCCUGUGGUUGAAGUUCAUCAAACGAGUGGGGGGCAAUUUCAUCUGGGAAGGCAACGGUUCCCACCACGACAGAUGUUGUGUGUACGACCAGAGCAACCUGGUGGACGGGGUGUACUGCCACCCUAUUGGCCACUGGAUCGAGGAGACAGGUCAUACGGACGAGAUGAAGCACACGACUGACUUCUACUUUGGCGUGGCUGGCCAGCAGGCCAUGCAUUUCAACAGAGUCCUGCCCCGGGUGUUUCUGGGUAGCUGCCCUCGCCAGGUGGAGCAUGUGACCCUUAAGCUGAAGGAAGAGCUGGGUGUUACCGCAGUGAUGAACUUUCAGACGGAGGGGGAUAUGGUCAACAACUCGUCCGGCUGCCGCCGCGACCCCGGGCAAGAAAUGACCCCAGAGACCAUGAUGCACCUGUACAGGGACUGUGGCCUGGCGUACGUGUGGAUCCCAACACCAGACAUGAGCACUGAAGGCCGGACUAGGGUGCUUCCCCAGGCUGUCUUCCUGCUGCACGGUCUCCUGGAGAACGGUCACACGGUCUACGUUCACUGUAACGCUGGCGUUGGGCGCUCCACCGCAGCCGUGUGCGGUCUUCUCAUGUACGUCCUGGGCUGGAGCAAGAGGAAGGUGCAGUACUUUGUCACAGCCAGGAGGGCGGCGGUGUACAUCGACGAGGAGGCACUGGUAAAUGCCCAGGAGGACUUCAUUCAGAAGUUUGGACGCCUGCGCACCUCUGUUUGCUACCCGCAAACAUGAGGGUAGAACCCCCUGUGGUGUGGAGUGUUGCUGCCUAGCUGUGCAUGGCUGUCUGCCAGUGUGCCAUAGAGACAGUGGAGAAAAUAUAUUUAGUUGAAGUACUGCAUUAAUAAUCUGUACACCCGGCAUGAUUUGUGCGGAAGAUGCCAGAAGGUGAAAUAACUUAAGUGAAUAUCAACCUCUGCACUGAUUUGAUCCAAUGCAAAUUACCAGUUUAGUUGAGUGGCUGUCAUAAACUGGUCAAUGACGAGGUACCCGGAGGGAAUUCUACUAGCUGCUGCCAACAGGUUCAGAAAGCUAUUAAUACUUAUCAUUGUGAUGUGAUUGUUUUGUAGCUUUGGGGUUGUUUUUCAUUUAUUUAUUGAAGGUAUUAUUUCUAAUUGUGUCGUGAAAAGGCAGUUGAGUCCAGAACAUUGUCUGUAGAUUUCUGUUGUUAUCUGCAGGGGUUUUAGAAGGACCUUUUGUUCAACCCUUGUUUUUAUUAAUCAAUGAACAGAGCUGACAUUUCAAAAAGGCACCUUGAAGCUGUUGUGACUGCAGAGCUGCUAAUGGAAUACUUAUGACUGACUGAGACAUGUAGCUCCUGCAGGAUCCAGCCUGAGUUGCGGAUCCAGACAACAGUAAAUAUAAACUGGGUCAGGCACAAAGUCAGUGGCAAGGUGAGAAUUUCACUGUCAUCAUGAGGGCGAGUUUAGGAAAGAAGAGAAAUAUAAACUGCUCCUCUUUUGCUCUCAGCCCAUCUUCUAUCCACAUUAUACUCCUCAGUAAGAAGGGAUUACUGCUGUGUCACCUCCGCUACCUUCUGAGAGAAAUUCUGUCUUUUCAUAGUCAAUGGUGGCUCCCUGCAAAUACAAAUGAUGGUUGCUUUUGUUAUGUCGAAGCCUUAAUGCUGCUGCAAAUAGGAAAAUGUAAUUUCCUGCAAAAUAAAAAUAAAUAAAAAGCCAGCCUG